AUGGAGCGGGAAGUUGAAACCGGGAUUUCAAUUCUCGUUGUUGGAGGUGGAAUUGCCGGUUUGACCUUGGCCAUUGAGGCCCAUCGAAAAGGCCACACCGUCCAGGUUAUCGAACGACGACCUGAAGGGACGACUUCUGGGGAAGUGAUCGUAAUCACAGCUCCAGCUUUACAAACACCCAAGAAAUGGCCUGGCUUCAUGGAGCGCGCAAGGCAAGAAGCCUUUCCACCGGUAUACAACAUGCGCAAGUUCGACGGAACCCCAAUUGGCGACUUUCCCCUUGGCGAUCCCAGCGACCCUUCUUUGGCUAUCUAUCGCGCAAAGCUACAUAGCGUGCUCUUCGAGUACGCCAAGCAGCUCGGAAUCGAGGUUGAAUUCUCAGCGACGGCGUGCGAGUACUUCGAGGGCGAUGACCAUGGCGGCGUCGUUUUGUCUGAUGGCCGGCGCUUGACGGCGGACGUGGUUGUCGCUGCUGAUGGCGUGGGCUCGAGGUCUUGGGCGUUGGUUGUUGGGAGUCGCGAUCCUCCUAUCAGUUCGGGCUUCGUGAUGUACCGGGUAACGUUCCCUGUGGCGGCCGCGCUUGAGAAUCCGGUUAUUGCGGCUGAAUUGGCAGGGUAUCACGACCGUGGGUAUUUGUAUGCAGGGCCUGGGGCGCAUAUGGUCAUUUGCAAGUCCGGCGAUGAUAUUUGCUGGCUGCUCACCUGCAGAGAAGACAGCAGCACCGCCACCGAAAGUUGGACAAACUCCACCUCAAUCAAGAAAGCCCUCGAGGCAGUUUCAGGCUGGGAUACAUUCGUCGCCGAGCUGAUCAAAGCGACCCCCAACCAGACCGUGCUCGACUGGAAGCUGAUGUGGCGCAAUCCGCAACCACGGUCUGCUUCGCCAGGUGGCCGUGUCGUCCAGAUCGGCGACGCGGCUCAUCCAUUCUUGCCAACGUCCGCGAGUGGCGGGACAAUGGCGAUGGAGGACGCGUACUCGCUGGCUGCUUGCUUGCAGAUUGGCGGGAAGAAGGACGUGGAUAUUGCAACUAAGGUGCAUAAUCAUUUGCGAUUCGAACGAGUCUCAUGCGCGCAGAAGAUGGGGUUCAAGAACCGUGAGCUGUUCCACAACACAGACUGGGACGCCGUCGCGAAAAACCCUGAGAUACUGGGUAGAAUGGUCGGGAACUGGCUGGUACACCAUGACCCGGAACAGUAUGCGUAUGACAACUAUGCUAAAUGUGCCGAGCACCUCCUCCACGGUGCGCCGUUUGAGAACACAAAUUCUGUGCCUGGUUACAAGUAUAAGCCGUGGACUGCGAAGGGGCUUCUGGAUGCUGCGGACGGUGGUGACCCUGUGGUGGAGGAUGGGGAUUGGUCUUAG